UAGCGCUUCUGCGCAUGUGCCACAUGCCAUCCGUAGUUCUGGAGGACAGUAUAUGUGAUAGAACACGUUGGUUUCAGUGGUGCGCCUUUCGUGAAUGUAUGGACCAGGAUGAACUUCACUUAACAAGAUGACAACCAGUGCUGUCCGUUUGUACCGGAAGCUUGAUGGUUUGUUCUGCGUUUACAAACCCGCUGGCGUCCACUGGAAGUUAGUGCGAGACACUAUCGAGACAACUAUACUUAAAGGGAUAAACGCGUUACCGGCUCCGUCGCUUCCCAAAGAAGUCCGCUUCUUGCCACCGUCUUCCGCCGUAGCGGCAGCUGAGCGGGCCGCUCCGUCUCCAAGUGGACCGGAGACCACCGCAGUGACGCGGACAGAGACCAACGUAGUCGCAAGACGGACUCCAACCUGGGUGCCCGUCUUAUCAAAGCACCCUCUUGUCACAGGACCUGAGUACCGACGUGUUCGUGUGGCAGUAGGUCAUCGCCUGGAUGCCUUUUCAUCUGGUGUUUUAGUUCUUGCAGUUGGAAAUGGAACUAAGGUGCUGAAUGAAGCCCACACCUCUGCAGUCACAAGGGAUUACACAUUGGAGGGGGAGUUCGGCACAGCUACGGAUGACUUCUCUCAUCAGGGCAGAGUCCUGGAAAGAGCCACCUUUGGUCACAUUACUCUGGAAAAAAUGGACCGAGUCUUGGCGAUGCUGCAGGGAGCCAAUCAGAAGGCUUUACUGAUGUAUUCCAACGUGGACAUGAAGUCGCAGGAGGCGUAUGAGUUGGCCGCGCACGGUUUGUUGGGCCCCGAGGGAAAAUCGCACCCAAUAUUAACAGGAUUACGUUGCACUCACUUCCAGCCUCCCAACUUCACUCUGGAGGUGCGGUGCCUGAACGAAACUCAGAAAUACUUGAGGAAAAUCGUGCACGAGAUAGGACUUGAGCUGCGCAGCACCGCCGUGUGCAAAGGGGUGCGAAGGACCAGAGACGGACCUUUUACGGUGGAGGACGCGCUGACGCACCACCAAUGGACAAGUGAUGACAUCAUCAAGGCUGUCCGACACUAUCAUGCCACUAAGAAGAGCAAGAGAAAAAUGACAACGGAUAAAUUGACGGCAACAUCUGCCUCACAAACUGGAGAGGAGCGUUCGGCUCUGUAGGCUGAACCAGGGUUUGAAGGACUGAUUUAAUAAGACACAAUGCGUUCGUCAGAACUGGCAAUAAAAUAUAUUUACAGUACCAGUUGAAAGGAAUUAAAAUAUACUCCUGGAUACUACAACUGUUAUGUCCCAUCAUAACAUUUAUAUUCAUUCAUGACUCACUACACUUAGUGUAUUUUUUUUGUCUGCCAAACAAAGCUUCUCUGAGGACAGUGACGACAAUGCAAACUUUUCUACCAAGUCAUGACGUUCGUUCAUAGACACUUCGACCCUCAUCCGUGUGGCUUGACUGGUCCCCAUGGUGACGCCAUCAUCUCUGUCAGUCUGGAGGACGAAACUUCCACUAGAGAUAAAAAUGAACCUCCUGAGCAUGCAGAUGAGAUGAGACAUGAGGAGCACUAGUUUCAGUUGUUGGGAGGGAAGACUCCGAGGGUUUCAGUCACGUGUCCUCUGGUCUGCAUUAGCAAUGGAAAUUGAAAACAGCUUGAAUCAGAAAAAAAGGUGGAAGCCCCACAAGCCUGUUAAAGCUGUUGCGACAGAUGUACAAGGACAUGACUGAGCGUGAUCUUCUUGCCACAUUUCCCAUGAGGCGCCUCCUCCUUGCCUUCUCCUGUUGGUCCAUCAUGUCCCCUCUAUCUGCUCUCCGUGUGUCUCAAAUUGAUUUGAUCUCAGAAAGCUAUGGAUAGUGAUGGGUGAAAGAGGCAUCAUAAAGUGUUUCGACUCAACGACUCACUGCUGAUACUGUGUUGAUACUGUGCCACUGAAUACUGACACCUACUGGACAUUAAAAAUCCCUGCAGGCAACCGACUUGACAGACUGAAUUGAUACUGAUUUGAUGACCUACUGUAUACAAUAAUAUCAUUUAAGUCUUUGCAUUCAUAUUGUAAUAUUCCAUAUCUUUAAAUAAUGUCAACGUGUAUCAUAAUGUGAAUGAAGUCUAUGCUU